AUUAGAUUAGAAAUAAUAUUAAAUGUUUCACUUUUUCAUUCUAUUAUAUGGCAUGAAAUAGCAAAUAUAACAUUUUGAAACGCUAUAAGUUCAAGGAAAAAUAUCACGCACCAUCUAACAUGAGAGUUUUUUUUUAUUGUUAUUAUUUUUAUUUUGUUUGCAGAACAACCAAGUCAACCUUGUAAGAAACAGGAGUCGAAAUAAAUAAUGUUUUACGAGAACGAACAUUUGCCACGUCUAAGGUGAGUGGCGGUGAUCUAUCAACAACUAAAGAUAACGGAAUUCCUCUUCCUGCAAGAUAACAAUCGUAUUUCCAUCAUGAAGUGAAUUACCUGGCAAAAACUUGCCAAACUACUUAAAGGUAAAAGUACUCUUGAUUUAAUUCAUUCUCAACCAUGAAAACUAUUUAGAAGAUCACGAAAAAUUGCUAAUGGAGUGUAUUUUAAAAAACGAAUUAGUCAUGCUAACUGUUUUUCGAAGAUAUUUUAAAUGGAGAUAGAAAUUUUGAAAGCAGCCAACCGGACCGAUAAGAAAAAAUUAUGUCUAAACAACUUAUAAACGCUGUAAUAUAUCUUCAUCAAAUGUAUAAUGGAAUCCUUAAAUUUUUUUGGAGAAUUAGGCUGAGACAAAAUGUUAAAGAUAUGGAUGUCAUGCUCGAUGGCUGGUUAAUUAAACUGAGCGAAAGACGUUUGUUUAGAAGAACGAAAUGGAGUAAAUAUUGGUUUGUUUUGAGACAGUCAAAUGAACAUUGUGAACAGUUUCUUUUAGAAUAUUAUAAGGACUCCUCUUGUCACGAUCUGAGGGGAAGAAUUGAUCUAAAUCAAUGCGAUAGAGUUGAAAUAAAGUUUAAAGAUGAAUGUAAUAAUUCCUAUGGAUUUGAUGUUCAAAUUUCAAAUAAACUAUAUUCUUUAAUAGCAGAAACUGAUUGCGACAUGAAUAGGUGGAUUGGCUACAUUUGUUCUGUAUGUGGAUUGAAACGUCAAGUUGAAGAUGAUACUUCAUGCAAUCUGCCAGAUCCAAUAAUUACUCUGCCUGUAAGUUCCUUAUCAUCUCUUCCUUCUUCAGUACAAGAAAAUGAAUUGUCUUGUCAGAAAAAAAAUUCAAGUCCGUACAUUCUUAUAAGUGAAUGCUUCACUGGAAAACCUAUACCAGAUAUAUCUCCAAAUGUAGAUAAAACUAAUUUAUUUUCUGAAAAUUCUGUGAAUUGUUUUGCAUCAGUAGACAUUAACUAUGAUUAUCCAAAACCACUUAUUUCUCCAGAGAAACAAACUGUAAAAUUUGAAAAUAAUUUAGAUAAUUGGUAUCAGAUACCACCAGCACCAAGAACUCUUAAAACUGAUAAUGACAGUAAGCUACUUUCAGAUGUUGAAAUAAAAUCAAGUCCUGAUGAAAGUUUAGGAAAUGUUUUUUUUUCUGAUGAUGAAGCAGGCAUUUGUUUUGAAAAUCAAGAUAUUGAAAGUGUUAGAAGGGAAGCAUUAGAAUUGGCAAGACAGCUUGAGAGUUUAGGUUUAGAUGAUUCUGGUAUUGAAAGUGAGCAGUCAACGUCCCCAACUUAUGCAUUUGAAGACUCUCAACUAAAAGAUGACGAGUUUUGUGCCAAUCACAUACUGUCACCUCCUCCUCGCCCACCAAAACCAGCAACUUUGAAUAGAUUAAAAAAUAUUACUAGUCCAACAUUUUGUACAGAACAAAAUAGUCAUAAUUUAUCUUCAAAUGAAAAUAAAAUAAGUACAAAUGUGUUUAAUUCUAUGAUUAAUUGUUCUGAAAACUAUAUACAAAAUGAUUUAUCACCAUCCACCAAAGUUCCUCUUCCAUUACAAAUAGAAAGUAUGUAUGAUGUUCCAAAGCCAAGGAGUGAAGAUAAUAUUACAGCAUUAAUAAUGUCAAACUGUGAUAAAUCUAAAAAUAACAAUGAUUUUCACAUAUAUAAUAAUGCACCUCCAAGAGACUGCUUAAGAAAAAAUUCAAUUCUUGCUUAUGAAUAUAAGCCAUCAUUAACUUUUUCUGAAGAAUCAGAGAAUAUUACAGAUAACUUAAGUGAUAUAACAAGUGAAUCAUUAUCAUCUGUUGAUAAAGGAAUAUAUAGUAUUCCACCAGCUGUUGACAGAAAAUUAAAACCAAGAAAAUCAAUUGGAGAAGGAUCUAGGAGUGGACUUCUUUCUCAAGAAUCUCCUAAUUCAGUAUCCUCUCCAUCAGAAAAAUUGUUUGAAGUUUUUGAUUAUGGACCAAAUAAAGAUGAAAAUUUAUGUAGAGAAAAGAAUAAAGCUUCAGACAGUUCUGUGACAGCAAAACCAAAUGAAAUCCAAUAUUUAGAUCUCAAUUUGGAUUCAAACAUUAAUAAAGAAGAAACAAUUGGUGAUAAAGAAAAUCAAACAAUCGUUUACAAAAAAGUGGAUUUUCUUAGGACUGAAGCAUUCAAUAAGAUGAGGCAGAAUGUCGAAGAGACAUAUCGUAAUUCUAAUCAAUAGCUUUUUUUAAUCAUUUGGCAGUUCCUUAAAUGUUACAAGUAUUUUAUUAAAUUUCAUUGUAUCAAACAAAUUUUUUAUGUAACAUUUGUUUAACAAUGAAUUUUUUUUGACAUUGAUAAAUAAUUUUAUAAAUCUUUUCUCCACAUGCAACAACAGAAUUGUAAAAGAAUGUUCAAUUACAGUAGAACCUGGUUAACUCAAAGUCAGUUUCCCCAAUUGUCUAGCAUAGGGAUUUACAUGUUAAAUCAAAUUGGUUAACACAAAUGGGGUUUUGAUACAGCAUUUUCAUAAUCUCUCCAGAAUUUUUAAUUUAAAUAAAAUACUUCUAAGUAGUAUAGAUACUGUAUAAUGUUGAUGUACUUAAAAUCACUUUAAUCCUAAUAGGUUGAUUUUUCUCACAGCCAGACCCAGUUAUUUGACAAGACUUUAUCGUAGCAAACUUUUAAAGCAUAAUUUUACAUCAUAUGCAUUUUGUGCUAAAAACUUUAUAGCCCCUCUUCAGUGCUAUUAAGAACAAGGGUAUAAUUAUAUGACAUGACAUUGUAAUCCGUUAUAAAAUUUUACAUGAUUUGCAUAUUUACUUACAUUUAUUAGAAUGUAAAAAUAAUAUGAAACUCCAUUACACAUUUUUUAAUGUUUUUCCAGUAUAAAUACAGCCACAUAUUAUUACUUCUUCAUAUUAAACAUGAAGUAUUUAUAAUUAUAAAAACCUUAAAAAUAGAAAGGGGUACAACACAAGUACAUUAAUAAAAAAAAGACUUUACAUUACUGUUGAGAAAAUUUUAUAUUAUUUAUUAUAUUGCAUGCAAUGAUGCAUCCUCUAUUAUUUGGUACCAUUGCAUAUUGAUGGUCAUGCUAUCUGAAAUGUUAACAAGUUUAUCUCUAGGAUAUUUUAUCAUCUCUACAUGUUCUUUAAAUUUUCUUUUAUAGAUAUCUUUUUCUGUAUGUAAUAUUUUUAUUUUAUUUCUAUUUAUUUGGCAAUUAUUACUGAUUGAAUGUUUAUACCACAGUGAAUGACUAUAUUUGAUGUGUAUUGCUGCUUCAUGUUACUUAAUUCUUUUUCCAAUACUCUGCCUGUUUCACCUACAUAAAAUCUAGUACUACUACAAUUACAUUCAAUUUUAUAUACAUUCCUUCUUUCAUAAGAUAAUUUUUUUGAGUCAUGUUAUUUUUAUUAUUCUUUUACAUAUAUUUUGAGAUAUUUUGUUAGUCAAAGAUGGGGCCAA